AUGUGCAGAAAUCACAAAGUCUUUUCACCACCGACCGAGCAGCAGGAGCAGCCAGAGAAGGACGAAGCAGGAGACCGCGGAACUAGCACGACCGAGAUGGCCCACGGUUUGGGGGUCGUUGUCGGCAUGAUGCGUUGCGGUAGCAGCGACACAGUGAAAGUAGAACCGGGCGUAGCCCGAUCGGCCACAGGAUCACCGCCCGGCGGAAACCACAGCUCGUCGUCUGCCAAGAUGGGUUCCCGGCGUAUCUUCACGCCGCAGUUUAAGCUGCAGGUGCUGGACUCGUACCGAAACGAUGGCGAUUGCAAGGGGAAUCAGCGGGCCACGGCCCGAAAGUAUGGCAUCCACCGGCGGCAGAUACAGAAGUGGCUGCAGGUCGAAUCGAACCUGCGCUCGGUGGUGGCAAACGGCGGCAGUGCCGUCGGCAGCAGUUCGGCCAACAACGGAAGCGGCUCGUCCUCCGUGGUAUCCUCGUCGUUGCCGACGGCUUCGUCGUCGGGUGGUGGUGCAUCGAUGAAAAUGAGUCUUCUCAGUCACCACCACCACCAGCACCACAACCCGCACCAUCCGCUUCACCCGCUGCCGCUGCAGCAUCACCUGCACUAUCCGCACCACCAUCAUCUGCAGGGGGCGCACCACCAUCAGGGUUUAACGGCGGCCGGGUUGCCAGCGGCGGCGGCGGCCUAUCAUCACGCUCAUCACCACCACCACCACAUGCAGCCGCAGCAUCCGUUGGCGUUCCACCCGACGGUCGUCUCCCAGGGGGCGCUUCCGCCCCCUCCGCCUGGACAGUGUUCGCCACUGUCCGUCACGUCAUCCAUCGGUGGCGCUUCGUCGUCGUCAUCGGCGCUUUCCGCUUUGUCGCCAUCUUCUGCGUCGCUACCGGCACGCUCGCCGUCAGCCAGUCUGCGGCGGCCACCUCUCCCCACGGCAGUGCCAUCUGGUGGUGAGUUGUCGCACCAACAGUCAUCGCCAUCAUCAUCGUCACCGCCGGUCAUCUUUUCGCCUGUGCCAUUGCUGGGGGCGGCGGCGACGGUCCCUAAUGAGCCGUCAUCGGCGGCCAACUACUACUCCCAGUACUACAGCCACUUCCGUGCGGUGGUAGCUGCGGCGCAGGUAGCCGCAGUGCACCGCUUCGAUCAUCCGAUCGAUCUGUCCCGCCCGUACGCCGUGCCCGGCCCGCAUUCGCCUGCCAUGUCGUCCAAGCUGCUGCUGUACGAUCACCAUCAGCAGCGCCCGCACUCGAGCGCCUCCGAUCACGAGGAGAUCAGCGUCAACGAUGAGGCUGACCCGCCGGUCUACCCACCGACGACAACGGUGGCGCCCGAGCCCGAGCCCGAGGUGGGAGUGGAGGAGGCGUGGGAUCUGUCCUGUCGCCGGGCCGAUCGUAAACGAUCCUCCUCCGAGGUGGGCGGUGCCCCGUUGGCGCCCGAAACGAGUCGCCCGCCCAAAUCGAUCAAACUCUUCAAACCGUAUCUGCUCGACAAAGACGACGAGAAAGAGGACGAGGGCGAGGGCAAAGAGCGUGGCGACGAGGAUCACAUCGCCCGGCAGCAGCAGCAGCAGCACCGCCAGCGGCGCGAUUCGGCGCUGGCCGUGGACGAUGAUAAGGAUUCGACUCGCGAAUCACCCGCCAUCAGCGAGUCCCUCACGGUUGGUAAAGCAGCGCCAACGGGCCAUCCGUUUCCGAUCAUCUGGAGCAACUCGUCACCCGGCUUCUACGAGCACGGCUUCUACGAAACGGCCAGUGGCCCGCAGACCGGGCCGUAUCCGGUCGGCGGCGCCGCUGCUACACCGACGGCCACGCAAACGGCCCGGCCGACCUGGAGUUCACCGCAGGCUUCGCCCGUUUCGGGGUACGACAGCUCGACCUCGAUCUCAUCCGUCUACAGUGGACCGGAGGAGGAAAGCAACGGGCAGCAGCAGCAGCAGCAACCGAAGCAGCCUUCCCACUCGGUGCGGCCGGAAGUGAAGCAGCAGCAAGCCAUCGAGAGCGACGCGGACUGCCGGGCCGAUUACCGGGCGGUUGCCAGCAAGUACAACAUCAACCGUAAGUACGUCGAGAAGUGGCUGCAGCAGGAGCCGGAAGAUGACCACCACCAGCACCACUCGGCGUCGUCAGCGGCCACCGCCCUUGCGGGAGCAGUUUCCCGUGGCCCAUCGCUAGUCGUCGGUUGA